AAAUAUCGCACUGACUCUAUAUCAACACAAAGCCAAAUAAAGAACCAUUCAUAUGAUUUAUAAUUCACACAAAGUCGCAAUCCAUUUUGUUUGGAAAUAAUCGCUGGAUAAAAGGAGCAGAAGCAACUCAGGCCGGAGACAUGUCAACAAACCAGCCCCAAGCAGGAAGCCGCGGCGCCUUAUCUCGGGAAAAAGGCCAAAUAACAACGGAAUAAUCGGAGGAAGUAGGAGAAAAGAAGCGAUAAAAACCGAGUGAUGUGUGGAGAAGAAGACAAUAUCGUCAAGUAAUAAAUAAAUGAGGAACAAAGGCUGAUAGACACAAUUGAUGGAGUAGAGGUUGAGAGGGAAUAGAUCUCGUGAAAAUAUAAUGAAGAAUAAGAGGAAGAGAGAUGGAGAAGAAGAAGAUGAAUCUCGUGGCCAUUGGGCCCCAAGGGAAGAGAGUCGGGCUCGUGGUUUCUUCCUUUCAGCAGUUUAUGGAGAAAAGUCGAGCGAAGUUUGCUCUGAAGAAUGAUGAAACAUUGAAGGUAACCCUCUCUGAUGACACAGAGAUCGAUGAGGAAUACUUUGAGUUUGUGUCUUCAGGGAGCGAGCUUCACGUCGCUUCAUCUUCGGAAGAGACCCCAAAGGAGGUCCAAGCUUUAGCCACCUUCCUCCACCAUUGCCUCCAGAACCAGCCACAAGUCUAUGACCGGAUUAUGGGCAUCUUGCGUGAGUCGAGCCAGUCCCCAAAGGGGGCUGAGAUUCUGGGUCUGUUGUCUGUUUUGUCGCAGGACUCAGCGUCUGUGAGUGACAGAAAAUGCGACCAAGAGUGGUUUAAAGGGCUAGACACUAAAUUCAAGACCAAGGAGUCUGUCCUGCGAAACAGUGCAGAGAUGAGGAUGCGCGGCUACUUCGAGCAAGCCAAGAAAGAACUCCUGGCCGAUGGCCCAAGCAGCAGUGGGCCAGCAAGACAAGCCAUAGAGUUCUUUAGACAAGAGCUCAAGAGUUGUGGGCACAAUGCAGCAUACUUCGACCGCUCGGCUUCCAAGUGCCUUCGACUGUGUAACUCAGAUGGCCUGUUUGAGUGCGAGGGACAGUAUGAUUCCCCAAGGUGUUUCUCAUCACAUUUCAUCAACCCUUAUGCAUGUAGAGAAGCUCGCAUUGUCUUCUCCACAUGGAACCUUGAUCAUGUAAUUGAGAAGUCCCGUGCCAUCCUCCCCACGCUGAAGAAGGCUCUGAAGGGGCCCAGAGCAGAGUCCGUCAACUUGCCCUAUUUCCACAGCCUCCUCUUCCGGCACAAGUGCGAAAAGGAAGGCGAGGGUGCAGAAGGCAACCUCAAGCUGGUCCACAUUGCAUGCCACAUCAAGAAGCCGCAUGAGGACCGCUGUGACCAGGGGAAGAUCUAUGCGGAAAAGAAAUGCUCAGAGGACAAAACCAAUGGAUGUGAUGUAAUUGAUGGCAGGCUGGUGACACAAUUUCAGUCUCGGUCCUGUGGCGUGACGUCAUCAACAAUCUCAAUCAACACACGUAGAAGGAAACGCACAGGCAUAGAAGUCCACAGUGUAAGGAGAAGCAAGAGGUUGUGUCUUGUCACCAGGAAGAAGUCAAAGAGACAGAAUGUUCAUAAACACCCUUAUGAAAUUUCCAAUUUAUGAUGACUGAUAUUGCUUGGCAGAUAGUAUACAGAAAAAGAUGAAGCAAAAGGUUGAAUCACCAAAAGUGGGUCGUUACCAAGAAUUGUAUUUCGUAGUAACCAUGCUCAAUAUCCUGUGAUAAAAGAAAGACUUUCACUACGGAACCAGUGAUUAAGCCAAAGUAGAAGGAGAGAGUAAUAUAUUUGAUAUAUUUUUAUGAAGUUAUCUAAACAUUUAUGAAGUCACAACUUCGAAUGAAGUGGAGGUCAUGUCUGCAUAGAAUAGAAUAUAUAAGGCAGAGACUCAAGUUAAUUUCCUCAAGAUCACUAAGCAUUCCCAAGUGAGAGCACGAGAGGCUUCUUCUAUUUUAUUGUAUUCUAGGAAUUUAAAAAUCUUGUUUUGUUCUGCUUUUGUGUAUGUUGUUAUUUUAUGUACCACAAUUCUGUUUUACAUUUUUGAAUCUCUGCCACAGGACGUGAAGAAUUUAGUUGUUCGUCGUCAGUUAUCUCAUUUAUGAUGCAAGCCCAGUGUUACUGCUUUUUUUAUUAUUAUUAUCAUUAUUAUUAUU